AUGACGGCAAAUCGUAAACCACAAACCACAAACCAUCAAUCGGACGGCCGCCGACAAGCCAUGUGGCUGAUGUACCCGAUGACGCUGGAGCAGAAACAAUUCCAUGAGGCAAGCGUCUCCAAGCUGCCGACGGUCCAUAGCGAGGCUGCGAGCCCGCCUUCAAUCUGGACGUUGUUAUGGAACACAGACGGCUAUGGAGAUGGAGCCCCAGCCGCGCCGGCCCUGGGCGAGCAAACCCCGCGACACAGAAUACGGCGAGGCUCAGCAGCGGAUGGGUGCAUUUACCCUUUUCGCACCCGUAUGUUGUGGACGAGGGAUGACGGGGACAAGGACGAGGACGAGGACGAGGACUCGGCGGAUACAGGGACUCAUGCCAACAGCCAACCGCCCACUGCCGCCCUACCCUCCAUUCGCCGCGGGGUACGGCCCACGGGGUUCCCUGCGCUGUGCAAGGUGACGUUUGCCUGGUCAGGACUACAACGACACCACGCCGGCUUGGGCUCCGAUUGCAGCUGCGGGUUGCGAGCUGCAUGUUUCCUCCUUCCAACAUUAGCGCGGCUGUCCUCAAGAACGAACCGGCUGGUCUUCCAUUGGGUCCAAUUGACAUCCCGCGCUGACGCAGCAGCCCAUCUUCCCGCUCAGUCCCGCCCACCCACACAUGCUACACUCGCGGGCCAGACACGCCAGAGAGCAGCUUUUUUCUCUAGUUUUUUAAGUGCCUUGUUUGUCCUUCGCCCUGAAUUUACUCGUCUUGUUCUAUCUUAUCCAGUGCUAUCUUCGAAAGUCAACACGGACUUAUUGUGGCACGCAGAAACAAAGUUGGUCUCACCCCAGUUGACCGAGGCAGACAUAUGCCACCGUUCGUUCUUUUCCUCGCGAAUGAGGUGGGUACACCGUCGUGGCGGAGGCUAUCCCGUCCGAACGGUCGACACCGAUACGAAUAUACCUGGUCCAAUUUUGGUCAGCUUUCCAAGGGCAGACUUUGCAUCUGCAUCUGCGUCUCUUCCAUUUCUUCCGAUACAUGUUCGUCAAGGGGGGUUCUUGCCCUCUCGCAUUUCAUUCGAUACACCGUACAAGCUGGACACUGAGCACGAUGCUUUUAUUUCUAUUUGCGGACAGCCAGACAUACCUGGCAGCUGCAGCUACGAGCGCACACUAUCGCAAAAAUCCAGCUCAAGCUUAACCGUCUGGACCAUAGCUUGCUUGCCCCGGUCUGGUAUCUGUCUGCGACCCGCCCUAGUCAAGGUCAAUCGACUAGUGACCGAGAUCCAGGCCAGUCUGGUCCCUCCAAAGCACCAUCUCUUCACCACAAAUCGCUUCAUGAAUUGCCUGAUGAUUCACCGCAAGAUGUAUCUGAGUCAAAAGCAUCUGAGGCAACCGAAGCCGGCGGCGUACGAACUUCCGCAGUACAGGCGACAUAUUGGAGACGUACAAGUGUGCUUCCGUUCAUGCACGUGCCGGAGAAGAGAGAAGGAAAACCGUGCCUGCGACCAGUCCUGCCACCUCUAUCCGUACCUCUGCCUGACGAUGCUGACCAUUCGCUCGCAGCAGCAGACUCGCACCGCUGAUGCCACUGCUGAAAACCUGGCCCUUGACCCGAUUUCUACUGGGCAAUUCAGAUACCAACCGCCCGCUCUCACUCUCAUCACCAAGUCGGAUCCCUCGCCCAGCAAGGUGCUGACCGAACCUGUAGAUGCCGUGAUGCUUGCCAGAACGGCUGGGGUCGGGAGAGUGCAGACUCUCGAUCUCCUUGUGCCUGAGGCAUCACCUAGGUACAGAAGAAUCCAGACAUGGGAUGACGAUUGGGAGCCGCUAAGGCAGUACCGGAACGACACCCCACUCGGCGCCGGCCGCUUCGCCCAAUCGGAGGUAUCCAGGCGGUACCCACCAAGGACUAACGCCCACAUUCUCCAACCAUCGCUCGGCCUUUCGACCCCUCUAUCUCUUCUCCAAACCGCCGUUUUCACCUUGCCCGAGCCACCCCCGAACCUCUCUCGGUGGUGGUUGGUUGUCGGAUUUCUAUUGAUUCAUUGCAUAUGCUCAUCCGGCCCAUUCUCGCGACCUGGCGACCGCGGCCCGCCCUGCAAACAGGGUCUGCCUUGGUUCUCGCCAAAUAGCUUCCGCAGCACAUCAACAUCACGAGACGAGACGCCCGGACCAGUUGCUUCGACGUCAUUAAGCUAUUUAAGAAGAGUUCAUUCAUCUUAUUUCCAUGACGGCUUCGAAGACUGUUUCAUUCAUGUCUCAACCCGUCUCUCUGCCGAGCCGCUGUCUCACCAGCCUCGUGCCAGAUCCAGUCUUCCGGGGCGGACUCCGCAAGAGGCUCGCUCGCAUGAGAUUCUCGCGCUUCUUGCUUUCCGAAACAAAGUAUCGAGCCUGAUGCCGCACCAUGUUAGUUCCCGGCUGCGGCAGCACGGCCCCGUUCAACAUGCAUUGGCCCAGCUUUUAUCCGGGGCUCAUUCGGUCUUUGCAAUCCCGUCUUCGGCAGUCUUUGCCGUUCCGGUAGGCAAGAGUAUGAAGACUCCGUUCUUACGAUCUACUUCUCUAGUGGGACGUCCUCUAAGCCCGGUCUUCGAGUUGGCCGUUCUAGCCAACGGUCAACAUUUGAGAGGACCAAUGAUCAGGGCCGAAUCAGGCCAGCAUCCGGCCGACAAACUGAUUGCUUUCCUCACGUCCCCUGUGUCAAGUUGCUUUUUCCCCUCGGCCUUCGUCACAAUUGAGGAUGGGUUCGCUGUCACUCCAAGGGCUGAAGCACUCAUGUCCAGAACUCACGAAAUUGAAUUCUUGGCCAACAAUUUCAUUAUUUACCAUUUUUCUACCGCUGUCAUUCUACUUGAACGGAACGACGUCUCGAGACGCUCCACCUCUGAAGCCAACAUAUUAUCGAAGAACUUGAGAACUACAAUUUCCAAAAUCAGGCUGUCUACAGCUUUGUCUAUGCCGUCACACUGUAUGGAUAAGGGCAACGAGACGCCUCGAUUCCCGCUGUCUGUCCCCCACGCCCGGAUAGAAAGCAAACACGACGUGGAAAUUGAAGCCAUCCAAUCGGACAACUCCCCGCCCUUUCGAGACGGUCAACCCAAUCACACUAGGCCUCGGGAAACAGAUGUUCGAGAAACUGACAAACUCUAUGGACAAGCCGACAUGGUCGCCGUCCUUAUGAUCCAUAUGCACAGCAGUGAGACGAAAGUCUGGGACGGCCUCCCAGCCCAGUUCAAUGCCCAUCGUUCAGCUAGCGGUGGCUACAAGAUCGUUUGGUUUCAAACCCUUUUCCAAAGUACUGAGUGUCCCAAAGAAGUACGGGGCUGCGUCUAUCAGAAGUGCUGCAACUCUGCCCUGCGGCCCCUGCCUGCCUGCCUGCCUGGGUGCGUUGACUCCGUCAGUCAUCACACGAGGCGCGGAGGGAAUCGCAGCCACGAGCUCAGGGUCGCUAUCUUGAAACACGCGCGGCGAAAUGGCACUCCCCUAGACCCAAAAGCCAUCACCCGUCGGUGCUACAUAUCACCGGACGGCCUUGGGAUGAUUAACUCGUGCCGGAAGCAGAGGCCUCGAAACACCAGAAAGCGCGCUAGAAGACUUCCAAGACCAUUUGGCGGCAUAACAACAGAAUUAUCACAAUCUCGUCUUCCCAACUUUGUCAACACCGUAGGACCCUUUCCCCCUUCUCAAGCCCAACAUCUCAAUACGAAACACGAUAUCAAGAUUGAGCGCUACCAGCUGCCAAAACAUAAUGGAGCCCAACCCCUUGACCUAGCAUAA